GUUUCUUUAGAGUCCCUGGACAAACAUGAACAUAUUCUCCAUUUUAUAUCUACAACAACAAAUGAUAAUAUGAAGAGAUUGUGGACAAUUGUUUACAUAACAGGAGCAAUGUUUUCAGUUGCCAGUGCCACCACAUGUUACAGCUGUAAUGGCGAAAAUAACUUCAGGGACUACGAAAAAUGCAAGGACGCAUUUUCUGGCCUGGCAGACGUAAAGUAUUGCAGUACACAAUGCUUCAAGAAGAAAUUUGAGCACAAGCUUUUUGGAAAUUCUUGGUACAGAGUGGAGAGAGGAUGUGCAAGUAUAUUUGACCAGAAUGAGGAGGAAUGGUGUACCACAACUGGACAAUUCAUAUACGGCUCUGGAACUAAAAUCACAACGUGUUAUUAUAAGGAUGAUUUGUGUAAUACAGGAACACUCAUCACAACACCAGCGUUGGCCAUGAUUACCUCUAUAUUAGCCACAACCAUAGGUUUUGGCAUAGUUUGAAGAAGUGGGAAGUUGAGGUCUUGGUGUUGAUGUCAAUUUCAUGAUAUUUCUUAACAGCCUAUGGUGCGUUUGAGCGCCAUGAGUUAGGUCAGGGUAUAAAUGGCGUAGCCUUUUCCUGUUUGAUAGAGGAAUCUGGUGCGGCAGUCACUCGCACAAAUGCUAAAGUGCUGGUGUGAAAAUCUUAUGGUGCCAAAGAGAUUUGGUCUCCCUGCUAUAAAUGGCCCAUAAAUGCCCCUCUUAAGUGUGAACUCAUAAGAGUGAGAAUUCACUAUAAAUCAAAGGUGGUGGAACCGUUUUUGGACAGAGCCAAAAUUACAUUAACACCAGGGAUAUCAUUCGACUGUACGAUGCAUGUAAUGGGAUGCGACUUGUAAGACCAUCAUCUUAUAAUAUACUGAUUUGAUACUCCCAGGCAUUUGUCUGACAUGAAUGUCCAAUUUGUAAAUGCUUUUGUCACUUGAAUAUACAUCCGCCUGAUGUGAAUUUCAUCAUACCACUUGUAAAUGUGUUCGUCUGACGUUGAUAUCAUCAAUUUAUACUGAUCAAUGCAAUAUUUGUUAAGCCAUUCAUCUAAAGGCUAUCACUUAAAGGGACAUUUUCCAUAUGUGGAUGUCACUUGUAAAGGAAUUUGUCUGAUGUAGAUGUCACAUGUAGAAAUUUGCCUGAUGUAUGUCAAUUGUAAAGACAUUCGUGUAGAUGUCACUUGUCUUUGAUGGAUGUCAUUUGAAAAGGCAUAUGGCU